AGUUGUGGGAUUUUCGUAAUUUAUUUUUGGGUACAAUAAUUAUUGCCUUUGUACUUCUAGAGAUUUAUUUGCAUAGUCAACCAAUUAUAAUAGAAUAAGUGUUCAUAAAUGCGAAGCAAUAAAGUGUUAAAUAACAUCACAAUUGAAUGUUGCAAUAUCUUGAAUUACAAGUUUGGUAUGAUAACAAAAGAAUAAAAAAUCUCUUUCGCUUCAAUAUGCGUUCUUUUUCAUGGCUUGUGUAUCGUGAGUAUUAAAGGGGUGUUUGUGUUAAUACGUUCAAAAGCAGGAGCAUGUAUACGUAACUCUGCUGUUUCGUGAUUUUCGGGAUAGUGACGUCACAAAAUAGAGAACGUUAUUUACAGUAUAAGUUAGCAAUAAAAUGGUAAAGCGUCUUCACCGGUGAAUGCAUUAAAAUAACUUGUACCGAAGGAAAGAUAAAGUUCGGGGCGAAGCGGUGAGCCUCCGCUAGGAUGGGCGGCGAUGUCUGCCCCCUCUGAGAGCGCCACAAGCCCUGCACCUUGCGCAUGUACCAACAUAUCGCUUAUGCAAUUAUUUCAUGAGUUAAAACAGAAAUAUCCAGGUGUUCCUGAUCAUGUUGUCUCACACACCAUUGAGUUGUACGGUCAUAACAAACAAGCCUGCGAGACACAUCUCCAUAGCGAAGUCAAGGCCUCCCUAACUCACGCAUACCACGCAUCCUCGUCUGCUGCAGCUCGACAGCUCAACCAGCUCAAACUUAACCUUCCACUAAAGUGCAGAAACCAGCCAAUAGUCAAGCAUGAAAUUGUCAAGUCAACGAUUGUAAAAUCUCUAACAUGUCAAGGACCACAAAAAGCUGUUCUUAGUGCUGAUUUAAAAGAACAAGACUGUGAGAACAAAGUGAAUACCGACGCAAACCAGAAUAUUGUUGAAGCCAAAAAUGAGGAAUUGUUACAACAAAUUAAUGUGACUCCAUCCUCACCCAUCACCGUCAUAAACAUUGAUAACUGCUUUGCAAAAUACAGUGCUGAAUCACCAAGUGAUCUGGAACUGAGUAACGAAAACAAAGAGGAAUUAGUCACUUCCCCUGUACGAGACGAGAAAGUAAAUAAACAAGAACAGAAAGUCCCAGAUCAACCAGAGAGUACGGGCUACAAGAUCUUAAAAAGUUGCAAAAUAAAAAGCAAUUUAAAUGAAAAGCUAGACAAAGGUAGAGAAAAGAAGACUAUCAAAAAAGAAGAUAAGCCACAAGAGAAACCGAAGCGUCCGAAUACACUUGACUUCAUAAAACCAAAUCCAGAUAUUGCAUUUAAACAAACGUUGAAAGAACCUGAAUCUGAGACAUGUAGGACAGUGUCUCCCGCACCAUCUGCUGCCAAAAAUGAAAGUCCCACUAAAGAAGCCAAACCAAAUGCGUCAUUCAGAACGGAAAGGGGAUACCCUGUGAAUUUCUCUGUUAAUGUAAACUGUCAUAUGGACCUGAGUCGUGGUUAUGGUGAUCCUUGGUUAGAAGAUUAUGAUAGCCCCAGAGCAAUUACAUCUGUCAAUCUAACGGUUUGCACUCCUACGUCGAAUAUGGCGAGUCCUAUCAGAGAGUCAAGAGAUGAUGAUGGUGGAUUUGAAGGUCAUGUCACAGUGACAGUGAGCCCUAGUACAACACGACGAAGGGCACCUCCACCGCCCACACAACAAACUCGGAUAGACUCACCACACAGACAUUCUCCACGACCAUCUCGCCCGGCCCCAGAACCACCAGCAUCUACUAAUGAUCGCAACCUCAUCGAGCGCCAGAAAGAACGUCUAAAUAGGCUCGCAAUGGCUUUGAACCAAGAAAAAGGUCGGUUGGCCCAGCUGAGCAAGGAGACCAGUAUAUUAGCUGGGCCACCGCCCACGCCCUCCUCGGCGCAGCGUCUCCGUGACUACGUGGAGCGCUUACGGGAUCAGUGCCACAAUCUCGCCAAACGUCUGGAAAUGGACGGACGCGAACCAGAAGAAUCUAGCAACUUCUACAGGAACAUAUACACGGGGCAGCGGCCCUCGUCGUCCUGGCAGUGCCACAUGUGCACGUUCAGGAACCAUCCGCUCCUCGACAAGUGCGAGGAGUGCGAGAUGCCCCGGAUACUCGUAGUGCGGGCUGCCGAUGGGAUCACUGUUCGAUUGAUGCCAGGACGACGAAAAAUACCACGAUCAUGGGUUUUAUGAGAAGCAGUUGAGUCAAGCUUCGGAAUGUAAUCGGCAUAGUUGUGCCAAAUUUUUGCAGAACAAAAACAGCUCGUAUUGCCAAUGUAAAAAAAAACUGAAAAAAUUUGGCACAACCGGCCCUUAAGUGCAGUAGGACGAAACCAAUCUAAUCUGUGAUAUUCGCAUUUGGUAAUGUAAGUGUUUAGAAGUCUGAUUAUACAGAAGAAAAAGUAAUAUAAUUUAUUUGAUCUCGCACAUUCCAAAAAUCUAAAAAAAUUGAUUUACACAAGUCGUCAUAAUGUCCCUGUUCCCUUUGAGUGCCCGGGUUUGUACCAAAUGCGGAUAACUGAUCGUUAUUUACAUUUUAAACGCUGCUGCACUUAAGGUGGAUAGGGAAUAAUUUAUUAUUUAAAAUAUGUUUAUACGAAAAGAUUUAUACUACGUCAUAUAUAUGUAUAUCGAAUACCUACGUAACGCUUUUUCUCGGGAUUUAUAUAUUGUUACCUUUUCAUAGUAAAGCGAUGUAUGUAGGUACUGUUAGUAAAUCUUUGCCGCCACUGGAUUAUCGAAUUUCGGGUAAAUUCUACAGCACUAUCUAGUCGAAUAUAUCUCUGGAACAAACAAAUAUCAUACGUUAAUAGGUAUAGAAAGGAAAUUAAACGACUUACUUUCGAAUUAUAGAUUUAUUAUAGCAAAAGAUUAAGCCAAAAAUUAAAGUAAAGAUGCCUUUGCCAAAUACCUUGUUUACUAAAGUAAAACUUUAAUAAGCCUACAGUAAUACCUACAGAUAAAUUACGAAAAUAAUAUAACGUCAACUUAUAAAACUGAAAUCCACUUAAGGAAUUGUUUAAAGUUGUCACGAGAUUACUUUUUCAUUAAGUAUAUCAAUCGAUAAAGUUCCCGUGGUAACAAAUGAAACCGUGAAUUACUUGCACUGGUUAAAACUAUAUAGAAAUUCAAUGACUUUUAUACGAAUUCUCCGUAUAUUUUAAUGGCAUUUCUAUUAUUUUAACGGCAGAUUAAUGAGUAAAAUCAAAUGACGGAGCCUAUUGAUACAAAAUAAAUAAUUAUCACUUUUCAUACAAAAUCUUAGAGCAGGCCUAUGUUUAGCCUAGCCUUGGAUGUCUGUUGGCUGUUUAUGAAGUACCGGUUUCAUUUAUUGCCACGGGUGGGUAGUUGUAGUUCUGUAAAAAAAAAAGAUUCCCAUUAUACAUCCUCUAAGUGAAAAAGUAAAUCUAGCUCUUUAAAAAUAAGAGUAAAGUUCCUCCCAAAUCAUUUUACAAGACUAAGUUAAAAAUCAUAACACUAUUUCAAGUGCCUUAUU